AUGAUCGCGCUCCGCACCACAGCCAGAGUCCCUAUGAACCUGUCAUGUCGAAAGAGCCUCCUUAUGGUGAUUCGUAUGGAGCAGGCUUUCUUGAGCAAAGAAUUGCCGGCAAGCAGAGGACAGUUGGGAACGAGGAACGUUGAUCUCAACAACCUCGAAAGCAUCGCCAAGGCUCUACCAUGGAGCGUCCUCACUGCCAAAAAGCCCGAAUCUCGCACCAGGCUUCGGUUUGCUAGGCUCGCGUCGAAAGAGCUCGAGUUUCAAGCUGAUAAGUCGUCCGGGGCCCAACCAGGCUCUACCAAGGGAUGGGGACCAGUUAUAUCUGAUGUUCAGCCGCCAAUACCUCCGCCCCACCACUAUACCGCCCAAGGGCCGCCUCCGAGGGGUAUACCAGGCGGGCCCCGCAGGCAGGAUCGAUCGAGGGGAGCUACCAGAGCUCAGAGAUAUAGGUUCUUCACUGAGCAGAGUCGGGAUGCUGGGAAGGCUGGGGUCAUGCCUUCUGUCAAGGGCAGAGAGGAGUCCACCUUUGAGCAGUUGGAAAAGAAUGAUAUGUUGUUUCAGGCGAGAAACAAGCAGGACAUGGUUUUGUUUGGGCGCAUGACAUGA